AACAGAGAAGUGAAUCACAGUGAGAUUAAGCCGGCACAAGAGGCAUUAUGAUAUAUCUGACUCUCAUCGGCCAAGGUCCAUCCCAGAGCCUUCCCCACCAAAUCAGGUUUGACAUUCAACUCCACUUCUGCAAAGAGGCUCGCCGGCUGGCCAAGAACUAUGACGAGGCGCAAGCCCAAAGUCUCAUUCAUGCCCUCAAUGGUCUUUUGAGAGAUCUUCAAGGUCUUCUGGCCCGGUCAAAGUCACUUAGCCGCGAAGUCCAGUACCGAAUCACACCAUCCAAUCAGCGCACGACAAAAGUCCUUUCUGUGGAGUCACUCGACGUCGCUACCAUCGAUCAAGUUCGCGAGAAAUUCAAUGACGACGUUGAUGGUUUUUGGACCCCUUCUGACGACGUUGUCCAUAACGAGUUGCGGCGACGACUUGCAUGUGUCGUAAUUUUCCUCCGGUCGAAGCUGGAAGCUGAGGUGUGGGUGCCUCCACAGAUCGCCAGCACCAUUCGUGGCCAACAGAACUACCAGGAGCUUCGACACUCGGGAAGGAAAUAUAUCAAUAUUGCCCGGAAGCUUGGCGGUCUCGGAGCACUCCUAUGGCUUCCACUGGAAAUCCCACCUUCAACCUACGAGAGAUAUCUCAAUAUUGAUGACGAGGGAGUCUUCAUUCAUUUGAAAGCCCUAGGUCCACGGAAGACUCAAAACUACACUGAUCUUGUGCAGCGACUCAUUAUAAGUCAACUUGGUGAUCGCUCCCCAUCAUGCUCGUACUAUAACCUCUGCGUUGAUUUUUCAGAUGUUGUUCCAGCCUCGGACCAAUUGUUCCUGGUGCUGCACGCUCUAGGUGGCUGUGACAUCCCCGAUAUCCUUCUGAAAAGUGUGCGCUUCCCACAGCGGCGAUGGACUAUGGAUGGAGAGAUAUCAGACACCAGCGCGGCCCAAUUUGGCCUCCCCACUGAAUUGAUCGAGCUUUUGUCAGAUGAAAUGGGUCUCGACCAGAAUACGGCAAGCUCUUAUAACACUAAGAGUGCCCUCAAAGAUGUGGGGUCAUUCUUCUCCCACGCCCUGCGCCCUGAAACAAUGGAAGAACUGGGGACUAUAGCCCUGAAGAUGAUCUGCUUCGCCAGUCCGCCAUGCUACGAAGGCAACACGAACUGGCCUGCGCCUUUAAAGAAGGCGAUUUGGCCGUUGUUGGAAAAAGCGGCAAAGACCUACAAAGUGCAGGCGCCACUCAGACCUCAUGUGCUUGAAACCUUCCUCUACUUUUGCGAGAGAGACUUGGUUGCCAUCCGCCGCAUGGCUGUCAAUCACGCAAGGACGUUCUUGCGGAAACCCAUGCCUUACUAUCUGCACGCCUCAGUGGUACUCUUUCGGAGUAUACUCGAUCAUCGACAAAUUCGUGACUUCCUAUGCCAAGGUCCAGAACCACUGACUCGCCGGGACCAUGCACUCCAGGGGCGCCUUCACAUUUCUCAGAUUGAGAACAAGAUCAAGAGCUACGACAGUGACGUGCCCUCCUUCAUCUACAAGUGGGAAGCGGUACAGCCGUUGCUUCAAGGAGUGGCAGCAAGGUUUUUCCAAUCUGUUGGAGAUUUCGUCGCGGCUAGGGCGUCGUUGGAACAGUUCUUGUCCCUAUACACGACCAAUCCGAUACGGCUCAACACUCGCCGUCUCAUUGCCGGCAGACUAGCUGACAUAUAUUGUGAGAUGCAAGAGCAUUCCAAGGUCGUCGAGAUCCUUCGCCCAGAGUUGGACAGCAUCGCCGAGUCUGAUCGUCUACGCCGCCCUUUUCAACGGCUGUUACUAGCCUCAGUGGAAGGCAACAUCGGACUUGACAAACUGGAUGCGGCAGAAUCAGUGCUCAGGGAGCUCCAAAAUGCCAUGCCUUUUGAAUUGGACGACCUUCACGACCAGCAGUUGCACAUGCGCGGGCUCCUUGCUGCUGCGCGUAUAGCCCACAUGAGAUCCGAACACGAUGAGGCUAUGCGGCGAUGGAAGUUUGCUCUCCAAGAGGUCGCACGUAUGUACACUCUCAAGUCGAAGGGUGGGUUCACGGCCGCAAUGAUACACAUGUCUCUGGCUCACGCUCAGCUGACCAGUGGUCACCGCGAUGAGGGUCGACAAUCAUGGUUUGCUGGAAUGGAGAUUUUGAGGAGCGAGAAAUGCGAGUUCUGGAUCCCAAUCGUUCCUACACUGUGGUUACGAAGAAUUGUCACAGAGAUUCAUGAAAUGCAAGGCUGGCCUUUCCGCAUGAUGCUGCCAGGCGGAAAGCCUGAUUUUACAUGGCCCUGA